AUGAUAUCAUUGAAUAAUAAGAUAUUUCUGGGAGAUCCAACAUAUGGGGGAAAUGUCACGUUUGGAAAGGUAUGGAUUUUGACAGCCCAAAUUGAUUUCACAUUAUCUGGGAUUCAAAGGGCCUGGGAUUUCAACACCUUCCAUGGUGCCAUUUCCUUUAGUAUUCACUCCCGUGAGGUUCUUGACUUCCCGAAAUUUCUUCAUUUCAUAAAACCUAAUUGGAAAAAAGAAGAUGGUUUCCUCAAGGACUUCUGGGAACAAGCAUUUGACUGCACUGUUCCAGAUCCUCAGAAGUCAAUGAAGAUUGAGGAUCCAUGUACUGGGGAAGAGAAGCUGGAGAGUCUUCCAAGGUCUGUUUUUGAAAUGCACAUGACUGGUCACAGCUACAGUAUUUAUAAUGCUGUGUAUGCUGUUGCACAUGCUUUGAAUGUCAUGUCCACAUCCAGGCAAAAUCACAGAACAAAAGAUGGAGGGGAAAGUGUUGAUCUUCAAGAAGUCCAUCCUUGGCAGCUUCACUCAUUUCUUCAAGACAUUUCAUUUAACAACUCAGCUGGAGAAACGCUGUCUUUUAAUGGUAAUAAGGAAAUUGGGGCUGGAUUUGAUAUAAUGAACCUGGUGACAUUGCCAAAUAAGUCCUUUGUUAGAGUAAAAGUUGGAAGGGUGGACCCUAGUGUUCCUGAAGGGAAACAGUUAAUCAUUCAUGAAGAUCUGUUUGUGUGGCAGACAGCUUUUAACCAGAUUCCACCCCUUUCUCUGUGUAAUGAUUAUUGUCAUCCUGGUUAUCACAAGAAAAAGAAGGAAGGAGAGAAAUCCUGCUGUUACCAUUGUGCUCCCUGCCCAGAAGGGAAGAUUUCAAAUGAGAUAGACAUGGAUGAUUGCAUCAGAUGCCCAGAAAAUCAAUAUCCAAGCAAGGACCAAAGUGAUUGCUUUCCUAAAGUUAUAAGCUUCCUGUCUUUUGAAGAAAGUUUAGGUGUCAGUUUGUCAUCAGUUAGCAUUUCUUUCUCCAUGAUCACAGUGUUAGUGCUGGCGACUUUCAUUAAGCACAACAAUACCACUAUAGUCAAAGCCAACAACCAGGAUAUCACCUACAUUCUUCUGAUCUCUCUUCUGCUUUGUUUCCUAUGUUCCUUGCUGUUUGUUGGGAAACCAAAUGAGAUGACCUGCUUCCUACAACAAUCUGCUUUUGGGAUUGUCUUCUCAGUGGCUGUUUCUUGUGUUUUGGCCAAAACCAUCACUGUGGUUGUAGCUUUCAUGGCCACCAAACCAGGGUCUAACAUGAGGAAAUGGGUAGGGAAACGACUGACCAACUCCAUUGUCCUGUCCUGCGCCUUUAUUCAAGUGGCCAUUUGUAUGAUCUGGCUAGGAAAUUUCCCUCCUUUCCCAGAUUUUGACACACAGUCAAUGACUGAAGAGAUUGUUGCAGAAUGUAAUGAAGGAUCUGCCAUCAUGUUUUAUAUUGUCCUCAGCUACACGGGACUUCUAUCCAUCAUCAGCCUGACUGUGGCUUUCUUAGCCAGAAAGUUGCCAGAUACUUUUAAUGAAUCCAAGCACAUCACCUUCAGCAUGCUUGUGUUUUGUAGUGUCUGGGUGUCUUUUGUUCCAACCUACCUGAGCACUAAAGGGAAAUCCAUGGUAGCUGUGGAGAUCUUCUCCAUCUUGGCCUCCAGUGCUGGAUUAUUGGUGUGUAUCUUCUUUCCAAAAUUGUACAUUAUUUUGUUGAAACCUCAGUUGAACAACAGGGAUCUGCUAUCAAGAAGGAAGAAUUAA